AAUUGAAUAACAUCAAACCAAAUAGAAAUAUUUAUCCUAAAAUUUCUUCUACCAUCGUAUCUUCAUUCUCAUAAUUUGCUCUAGUUCACACUCUACCGACGAUCUCCCGCUGCUAAUGACAGCAUGAUGGCUGAUGCUAAGAUAGAUAAAAACAGGGGAAAUAAAUAAAAAUAAAAACUUUAUUAAUCCGCCAUUCCCAAAUCCUCCCGUCUCUCCUUAUUCGCCCUCGUAAUCGGAUUCACAGAGAAAAGAGAAGAGAAGAGAAGAGAGACCCAAUUGGCCAAUUCCAUUCCUUCCAAUCCAAACAGAGAACCUUCUCCUUCCUCCAGCAAAAAUAUCCUUCCUUUUCCUUCUCGUGUCUCAUACCCAGACAAAAAGAGAAAAAGAAAAGAAACAGUUGCUGAUUCUUUGGUUUCCCACUCUGUUUGGGUUCCUUUCUUUUUCCCUUUUUUUAAUUCCCGUAGAUUCUUAACUUUCCUUCCUCAAUUCUCCCUUUUCCUCCCUCCAUCCCACUUUCCCCUUGCUCGCGCUUUGUCUUCAGAUAAUUCCUUCGAAUUUCCGUCUUCCGAUUCCGGCAAUCCGUUGGGAAUUCUGGCGAUUGCCGCGUCGGAAUCGAUGCUGGGUCUCUGAAUUUGGGGAGCAGAAACAGAGAUAUAUCAGAUAAAAGGAAGAAUAUCUUCUUGUUUAUACAUAGGAAAACGGUGGAGAAAGGUUGUUUGUAUUUUGGGAAGCUGGGUAUCGAAGCAGAAUUGCGGUAGGUUGGUUUGUGUAUCUACUUUUCGGGAGGGGAGAUGGACAAGUACGAGCUAGUGAAAGACAUAGGAUCUGGCAAUUUCGGGGUUGCCAGGCUGAUGAGGAACAAGCAGACCAGAGAGCUCGUCGCCAUGAAGUAUAUUGAGCGUGGCCCUAAGAUUGAUGAGAAUGUGGCAAGAGAGAUUAUAAAUCACAGAUCGCUUCGCCAUCCUAACAUAAUUCGCUUCAAGGAGCUGGUUCUGACUCCAACCCAUCUAUCUAUAGUGAUGGAGUAUGCUGCUGGUGGGGAGCUGUUUGAGCGCAUCUGUAAUGCUGGAAGAUUCAGCGAAGAUGAGGCUAGGUACUUCUUCCAACAGCUUAUUUCAGGCGUCAGCUACUGCCAUUCCAUGCAAAUAUGUCAUCGAGAUUUGAAGCUAGAAAAUACAUUGCUGGAUGGAAGCCCAGCACCACGGUUGAAGAUAUGUGAUUUCGGUUAUUCAAAGUCCUCUUUACUUCAUUCAAGACCAAAAUCAACUGUUGGGACGCCAGCAUAUAUUGCUCCAGAGGUUCUUUCUCGCAGAGAAUAUGAUGGCAAGCUGGCAGAUGUAUGGUCAUGUGGAGUAACACUCUAUGUUAUGCUGGUGGGAGCAUAUCCUUUUGAGGACCAGGAUGACCCAAAGAACUUCAGAAAAACAAUCAACAGAAUAAUGGCUGUUCAAUACAAGAUCCCAGACUAUGUACACAUAUCGCAAGAUUGCAGGCACCUCAUUUCCCGGAUAUUUGUUGCAAAUCCACUCAAGAGGAUCACAAUCAAAGAAAUCAAGAGCCACCCCUGGUUUCUGAAGAAUCUCCCUAGAGAACUGACCGAAGCAGCCCAAACCAUGUACUACAGGAAAGAGAAUCCAGCCUUCUCCCUACAAACCGUGGAAGAGAUCAUGAAAAUCGUGGAAGAGGCCAAAGUUCCUGCGAAAGUAUCGAGAUCAAUCGGGACCUUUGGCUGGGGAGCAGAAGAUGAAGAAGAUGAGGAGGACACGAAGGAAGAAGAGCCUGAACCUGAGACCGAGGAAGAAGCAGGACGAGGAGGAGGCGGAGAUGAGUACGAAAAGAGUGUUAAGGAGGCACAAGCCAGUGGCGAGUUCCGUGUUAGCUAAGUCAUAUGAUAUCUAGUUUGCACUUUGGGGAAGUAUGGAAAUCUAAAAUGUGCUUUUUUCUUGUUUUACCUCUAUAAUAGGAUUGUCAUGGAGAGUCUGUAUAAAACGACCUGUGUAAUUUAGAAUCCUCCCCUUUGGUGCAUGUGUGGUAAUAAGCUGUGUUUGUAAAUUGUAGCGGUUUUGGGUAUUGGCAGACAGACAGACAGGCAGGCAGUGUGUGAGAGAUCUGCUGUACGGGAAAUAGGGUUUAUGUUUGUGCUGGAUUAUGCAAGACAGCUUCUGGUGUUGCUUUUUGGCUUGCUGUGUUCAUUUUUGGUGUCUGUCAGACUUUUUACAGAUUGUUACGAGUCAAAUAGUUAAUACUGAAUGGUACAGGCGUAUAGCCGUAUAGGUCUAUAUGGAAAAGGUUUUCUUUCUUCUUGCUCUUUCCUUUUUAUGGGGUCAUUCUACAGAAGAGGAAUGAGGAUCGUUUGUUUUGUAAAAUCAAACCUGGAGUGGUAG